AUGCUAAUAUGCACCUUCCUUCCACCAUCAUCGCCGGAUCCCAAAGAUGAAUCUUGCUUGACUCAUUUAUUUCAAUCCUUCGAUGAUCCCAACAAAAACCUCCGCAACUGGUCCAUACCCACCUUCUCCAACCCCUGUUCCGACUUCAACUCAAAUCUCGCCGGAGCUACCUGCAACAAUGGCCGUGUCUACAAGCUUUCCCUUCAAAACCUCGGUCUCCGGGGAACAAUCUCGCCGUAUAUUUCCAACUGCACAAAUUUACAAUCUUUAGACCUAUCAAACAACUCCCUCGCCGGACCUAUCCCCGUCGAACUCCAGUACCUCGUCAACCUCGCCGUACUCAACCUCUCCUCCAACCACCUCUCCGCCGCCAUCCCACCGUCUCUCGCCAUGUGCAAUUACCUCAACGUAAUCGACCUUCACGAAAACGAUCUAACGGGAACAAUCCCACCUCAACUCGGGUCCUUAGCGAGGUUAUCGGUUUUUGACGUUUCUAACAACAAGCUUUCUGGACCUAUUCCGGCGAGCCUGGGUAACCGGACGGGGAGCUUGCCACGGCUAAACGCGAGCUCCUUCUCCGGUAACAAGAAUCUUUAUGGGUACCCAUUAGGUCCGAUGAACAGUAAAGGGUUAUCGGUGGUGGUGAUUGUCGGAAUCGGAUUGGGAAGUGGGCUUUUGAGCUUGGUUUUGAGUUUUACGGUGGUUUGUAUUUGGUUAAGAUCGGUUGAACAGAAGAGAGCUGAUGAACAAGAAGCCAAGAUUCCUCCGUUAAUGCCUGAUUAUUGA